UCUUGAGCGUGUGAGCGUUACACCGCUUGCUGCUACAGCUGCUGCUGCCGCCGCCGCCGCCGCUGCUGCUGAUGAUGAUGAUGCUGAUGAUGAUGGUGGUGGCAGCGGUGGUUUCAGUGUUCAAUGCAGCUUCAUAGCCCAGCUGGUGGCGACGAUCGGGACGUUUUAAAUCGAACAAGAUUGUCAAGCGCGUAUUUGUUGCCUGCGGAUUUCUGCGCUGCGUUUGAAAUAUUAUUCAUAUUCGGCGGCGAGAGGCUGGAGAGAGCGAGAGAGAGAGAGAGGGGAGAGAGAAUAAAUCAUUCUUUAUUUUCUUCAACCCUCACUAAGAAGCUCGACUCGAGAUUGAAAGUACAGUGAUAACAAUUCGACUCAACGUCUGUUAUGUGUGCGACUGCGACCUGCGUUAAGGCUACAACAUCGGGUGUACACAAGCCGUGCGAUUUUGUAUUUGCAACUUGCAACAGAAUUCCGCGUAGAAGAUCGGAAGGAAACGUUUUAAGACGUUUUUUGUCGUCCACUAUUAGCGUGGAAUUUUUUUUGUUUGUUUGUACCAUUCGAUGCGACGGCCGUAAGUACAUCUCGGCCGCUGUUUUGCACAUCUGGCAAGAGAAGAUACGAGCGAGACAAACAGAGAGAGAGACACACAGACAGAGAGAGACGCGCGGUGGGGAUGAUUUUAAGAGCGUGAUAAGAUCGUAAGGGUGUCAACAACAGACAACAAGCAACCGACAACAGCAAGCGUACGAUCCGAUACAACGCAACUGGUUCUCGCGAUGCUGACGAUGACGAUGCUGAUGCUGAAGAAGAUGCAACUGCAGAUUGACACUAAGAAAUGAUUUUGAGGAAUGCGUAAAUUACACGAGUCGGACAGAUUGAGAGCGACGGCUGACCAAAACUCUAGUUUGUAAAGCAAACAAUCACCUUGUAUUAUCAUCAUUAAUUAUAAUUAACAAUUGCAAUGCUGCUGCAAUAUAGAGGUUGUUAGCAGGCAACUACAAUCAAAGAUAGAACGGCUGAUACGCUGUAACGAAACGAGUAUCAUUGAUACCAAAUGGUAAAAAAUUGUUGACACUAAAAAUUGCAACUGCUGGAAGAAGAUUUAUUUUCUGGGAGGAGACUGCAUACUCGACGGUUCGUGACCAUACCCAAAGCUGGGAAUACGAAUAUUUUUUCGGGUAAAAAAAUAUUUAAAGCAGACGACCAAUUUGACAGUUAACAACAGACAACGAGGAUACGAAUAUUCAUCAUCAACACAUUCUAUAACGAAAACUAUACUCUCGCUUGUGAUUAUCAUCUGUACGCGCAAUCAUACUGCUCUUGGCAUUGGACCGAAGAUCUCAUCCGAUUUCACGCCGUCAUUAAAUUCCCCAUCGUUGAUUUUCCCAAACAUCAACACGACACCCAUCGACACAACAACAUCGACAACCCCAACCCGCGCGCGUCGCUCACAGCACUUGCCCCAACAGUCUGUCAAGGCUACACGAGUGAGGUGUGGGGGAUCUUUGUCUUUGUUACCGGAGGCAACCUCCUCCACCUCUGCCACCGCUGGACCGUCGCUGCUAAAAGCGCAAAAAAGGUCGAAACUCUUCAAUUUACAACCGAGGGCGAUCACCCUCCCCCUCCACCCGAGCAGCCACUAUCGACCGUGCUUAGCUCACCUCCUCAACUCACCCGCUCCACCGCAUCGCUCGCUCGCUCGCUCGCUCACCAACGAGCCCACUCGCCUGGUUGCUCGGCCGUACAGCAUCGCCAUCAUCAUCAGCAGCAACAGCAGCAGCAGCAGCAGCGGGCAACAUCAGCAGCCACUUGGCGGUGCAGACAGCUGAUGUACUCUCUUGCUGCAGCCUGCUCGCUCCCUUCGCCGGUUCCAUCUCUUUCUCACCAAAGCUACUCACCCACCCACCCGACUCGCUGCCCUAUCUACCCACCACCACUACCACCGCCAGCGCCUGGCGACUCAUCACGAUCGCAGGCGCUCAGCUGCCCCCCGGUCACCGCUCAACACUCCUCGAAGCGAUUCGUUGAGGGUGGUCCCGAGGGUAAAAUCCUCUUCCACUUGACCAGGGGGGCAAAUGUUCUUCGCCAACUGCGUGAAGACCUCAGCACCACCUCCACGAACGACAGCAGCAGGAUCAGCAGUGACAGCAACAGCAGCAGCAACAGCAGCGAUAGCAGUGCCCGGCGAUCGAGGGAGGUGGACCCCCACAGCGCAAUGCACAAGUCCACCUUCUACGACUUCUCCUUCUACCAAGGUGGAGGAGGAGGUGGAGGAGGAGGAGGUGGAGGAGGCGGCGGAGGAGGAGGCGCGAACGGAUACGUGUACGAGCCGUCGGCCCAAACCUACGUCGGCGCGACCUCCCAGCACUCGGGGCCCGAGUACGGCCACUCGGCGUGCUCCCUGCAGCAGCAGCAGCAGCAGCAGCAGCAACAGCAGCAGCAGAGCUCCGGCUCGGCGGGCGCGGUGCCCGCCCUCCCCAAGGCCGGCGACCUCGGGGGCAGCUGCAUGCGGUCGAGCAACGGCGGGCAGGCCACGUUGCCCACCACGGGCUUGCCCGACAAGCAGGGUUGCGCUCCGACGCCGCUCUCCACGCCGCCGCCGCCGCCGCCCGCCGCCCCCGCGGCUAACGGCGGAGGGACCGUGGGCAGCAACGGGAGCGGCGGUGGAGGCGGUGGAGGUGGCGGCGGUGGAGGGAAUGGAACGGGCGGACAGAAGGGGGUGGCAAGCAAGCCGUUUGCCGCGUCGAAUCUGGGCAACGCGCCGAGCCUCACCAAGCAGGUGUUCCCGUGGAUGAAGGAGUCGCGGCAGAACGCCAAGCAGAAGAAUAGCUCGCCCUUGCCAGGAGAGAACUCGUGCGGCGGCGGUGGCGGUGGAGACAAGAGCCCGCCGGGGGGUCCCCCGUCCAAGCGUGCGCGCACCGCCUACACCAGCGCCCAGCUGGUGGAGCUCGAGAAGGAGUUCCACUUCAACCGCUACCUCUGCCGGCCGCGCCGCGUCGAGAUGGCCAACCUGCUGAACCUCACCGAGCGCCAGAUCAAGAUCUGGUUCCAGAACCGGCGCAUGAAGUACAAGAAGGACCAGAAGGCCAAGGGCAUCAUGGGCUCGCCCGGCGGCGGCCACUCUCCGAGCCGGAGCCCGCAGCUGAGCGGAGUCGCCGGCGGGUUGCCCGGCGGCUACGGCAACCCCCUGCACGGUUUGGGCAACGGCGGCCUCAUGGGCGGAGGCGGCUACGACGUCAGCUCGCCCACGUCGUUCCCCAAGUCGCACCACAGCGCGUACGGCAUCCACACGGGCGCGUACGGAGCGGCGCUCACAAACUGCCCGCCGACCCCCAAGCGCUACGGCGGGGCCCCCAUGGUGCCCGACUACGGCUCGCACCCCUUGCAGGGCGCCGACGGUUUCUGCGGCGGUGGCGGCGGCGGCGGCGGCCUGCAGCAGGCGGGGAGCCCCGUGUAUGUGCAGGGAGGCGGCGGAGGCGGCGGCGGCGGCGGCUUCGUGGAAUCGGCCGGACCGGCGAUGUUUAAUCUCUCUCACCUGCCGCCGCCGGGCCAUCACCACUCGUCGCCCGUCACUCUGGAUUUUAACGGACAGAUAAGCGGCGGGCACCACCCGCACGCGGCCUGCAACCAGCAUCCGACUUACACCGACUUGUCGUCGCAUCACCCUCCACCGCCGGGCCUCCAGGAUGUGCCCAAACUGACGCACCUGUAGCGGCACGGGGGGGGUGGGGGAGGACGCGGAGAAGGUGGGCCCGAUGAGACUCAGUGGUCUGGAGUUUGACUCCGGGGUUGUUGUUGUUGUUGUUGUCGUCGUCGUUAUUGUCGUUUGAUGUUGUUGUUGAUGUUGCUGUGGGGGUAGGGGUGGGGGUAGGAUGGGGGUGUAGGUUAGGUUGGAUGAGUGGUGGUGGUGGUGGUGGACAAGUGAGACAGUGGUGGUGGUGGUGGUGAUUCACCUGUGAUAUGUAAACAGUGGUGAGUGCGUGUGUGUGUGACAGGCAGAGUGUAUGAGAGUUCGUGUGUGUGGGGAGCGGUGGUGCAGCGGUUAGCGCGCUGCGCCACUGACCCAACCACCAGAGUUCGAUUCCCGCUCAAGGCCAAUACCAGUGACGAUUAUCCAAACCGGUACCUGGGCCUCCCCAAGGUCGGCUCAGCCAUAAAUGAGUACCUGGCUCGACGUGUAAACAUCGCCAGGAGGGAGACAAAGGCGGCCGGGUGUGAUUCUCCUUGUGUGCCGUGACAGGCGGCACUUGCCCCAAGAGUCUGCUCGAGGCUAUACGGGGGAUAUUUGUCUUUGUAUGAGUGGAUGUAAUGAUUGCAUGUAUGAGUACGUAUGAGUGUAUGUGAGUGUUUGUAUGAGUGUACAUGAGUGUAUGAACGAGUGUGGGAGUUGUUAGUAUGUUAAGGUGAAUGGGCAUCUUUGAUUAAGAUUAUUACCUAGUUUAGACGAACGGACUGUCCGCGCAAGUGCCGAUAGUCAGCACUACCAGCCCAUAACACGACCCCUACCCCAAACAACACUAGCCACCACAGCCAGUUAACCAGACAUUAACCCUCCGUUUAACCCUACAUACAGCGGUUUUUUUCAAAUUGUAAAUGUUGUGGCUCGGUUCUCCAACACGCCGGUGCUGCUGUACUAGUGACGAAUUGGCCACGUUCUGUUUACGUGUCAAACCUUACUAGUUGGCUGUGCCGGGUGGUGGCGGGUUUCACAACACACGUAUAUAUAUUUACGCGAUCUAACCCACAAAAAAAAACCUGUAUAAUGAAUGAUAUUGGUCGCUAGAACCCUACUAAAUGUUAAACCUACACUGGCUACUACAGCCAGUUAACCAGGCACCUGGCCCUAUCCCUAACGCUACCCAACACAGCCAACCAGACCCUGUCAAUCACCCUACUCUAUGCCAUUGCAGGAUCUGCACCUCUAUCUUGUACCGCAUAGUCUUGAACCCGGUGUGGGCUUCCUCGAGUUCAACUUUGGCACCUCGUAAACGGCCACACCGGGGAAGACAAAGUCGGUCGGUCGGUUGAGCCUCGAUCAUUUCUGGCCACACCACACCAACGCCUAUCUCUCUCUCGUCAAAGACAAAGAUCCCCCGAAUAGCCUGAUCAGACUGUUCGGACAAGUGCUGUUAGCGAGCAGCACCUAUGAAGGCCGGCACGGCACGCGAUGGGGUGGGUGGCCAGCACCAUGCCCGGCCGCCUUUGUCUCCCCAGUGUGCUUAUUUACACACCGCCCCAGGUACUCAUUUGAGGCUGAGUCGACCUCGGGGUAGCCGCAGGACCGGCUCAGAUAUUCGUCACUUGGCGUUGGUGGCCGUGAGCGGAAUUCGAACUCGGGCUCGCCGGGUUCGUAGCGCAGCACCGCGCAAAUCCACUGCCGCUAGCACACCCUAUCUCUCUGUCACACACAUGCCUUGCUUGCCUUAAUAGGCGCUCGCUAACCACCCCACCUGCCCCGACAGUCCGUUCGUACGUACGUCUAAACUGCGUAGACUCUUGAGUGAGAGCGAGCCUGGUGUGUGCACCGCAAUGCUGGUCACAGUCGCCUGUGUGGUGUGAUGAGGUCAGUGCCAAGGGGAUGAUGAUGAUGAUGGUGGGGGGACAGGGGGGGGGGGGCUGGGUGAUUCUUUAUAAUUAAAGAAGAAAACAUAACACGGAGUUGGUAGGCAAUAGUCGCGUACUUAUUAUACAAGUCGAUGUUAUUUAUGUGUCACGUACAUUCCAUUGUUGAUGAUGAUGAUGAUGACGCCUGUUCCGCAAACGUUGAUGGCAACGACGACGACGAUGAUGGAAUUUGGAGACCUCUCGUAAUGUUGUUGUUGUUGCUGCUGCUGCUGCUGCUGGUGGCGGUGUAGCGAUUUUGUUGUUGCGUGUGGUAUCAGAACACCAAUGGGUACAUUUGGAAGAAAAAAAAAUGUUUUUGUUUGUUAGAGCCCAAAGCCCUGGGCGUCCUACUCCGUCGGCGGAGCGACGCAAAAUCGCCUGCGACCUGCUUCACGCGCAUCUGAGCGAGGAGUUGCAGCAGCGGUGACAUCUCGAUCGGUUGCAGUCAACCGGUUGCGGCGAUUGGUUGCGUGCGACAAAGUUGCGCGACCGGGCAAUCGGGGGGCGUGGACCUUGACACUUUUUGUUGUUGUUGUUGAGCGGGGCGAGCGGUUUCAGGGAAGAUUUCACGAACCCCCAUUUGCUCUCCGAGUUUUACCCAUUCCUUUGUUGUGAGUACAAUCGGCUGCUGCUACACGCUAAACUUACCCGAUGAUUGCCCACGUUGAUGUAGAGAAUGUUGAAUCAGCGCUCUACGUCACGUGGAACGCCCGUACGCACAUGCACACGCGUACACACGUAACAUUGAUGCACAGGUACACACAAAGACAAAGAUCCCCCUAUAGCCUUAACAGACUGUCUGGGCAAGUACUGUUAGCGAGCACCUAUGAAGGCCGGCAUGGCACACGAAGAGAUCGAUGGCCAGUACCAUGCCCGGCCGCCUGUGUCUCAACAGUGUACACACGUACACACAUGCGCACGUACACAUGCGUACACGCAUAAACACGUACGUAGACGCACACUCACACACCUUGACAUACACAUACACACACGUGCACACACAAAUACAUAUCCAUGCACACACAUACACGUACAAAGACAUACGUACACAUGUACUCGCACAUUCACUACACACGUGCACAGUACGCACACGUUCACACAUACAACAAUUCACGUACGAAGACAACAGACACACACACAUUCUUACAAAGACGAAGACACAAAUACACACUGCAGGCCUCGCACUCACUUAAAUUGUUUAGCAAUCAUCGGGCGCGUGAAGCGCGUAUAACGAGCCUCAACUUGUCAUUUGGAAGCGGAUCCCGGGGGGGGGGAGGUGAUGGGUGUGGCGGAAGUGACGUCAUAAUGAGCUUCCCUAUGGCACACGUGGCAGGGCUGAGAGGGCUAUGGCGUACGGCAAAUCUGUGAAAAACCUUUGCGAUGUGAAGGAAAGAUGCGAAUGUUUACGCACACGCUUGGCACGGCGACACACAACGUCACUCGCAUACACACACACGUACACUAAUACCUGUCAACCCCUUAUCAGUGCCCUACCUUAUUACAGACCAAUUCAGACCCUAUUGGUCACCCCGUGCCCCUUAUACAUCUCAACGUUCAUCCUACAAAGUCACACGGAAGAAACACAAAGAGACAAAAAAUGUGUUUUUUGUUGUUUUUAAACGGAUGUACGCCGUAUGGACCUGAAAACUCAAUUUCCCAGUUCAAGAAUACGUCUAAGCCGUAUGGGUUGACAGGUAUGCACUCUUCAACUCACAUGCAUACAUCGAUGAACACACACACACUACAAAUGUCCUCCGUUGAGCCUUUAUCAGACUGUUCGCGAGGGACACGAGUGAAGGUCGGCACGGUACAACAUCACGCCGCGGCCGCCUUCGUCUCCCCAGUACUGAUGUCUAAACACAGAACACAUACAUACACACAUGCACACAGACGCACAUAUACAUUGGCAUUAACUUGCACACACAAGGACACAGUGACAUGCAUACACUCGCACACUUGCACAGAUCCUCAGUUUAGUUUUACAGGGUAAAUGAGCUGGCACUGUUAGCGAGCACCUAUUAAGGAUGGCAUGGCAUUGUCUGGCACACGGUGGGGUGGUAUGGCCAACGCUUUUGAAUCCAUGCCCAGCCGCCUUUGUCUCCCUUGUAGGCGAUGUUCACAAAGCACAGGGUACCGUACUCUUUUGAGGAUGAGUGAACCUAGACAAAGCGCAGGACCGAUUCUAGUAUUGGUCGUGAGCGGUAAUAGAACUCGGGUCACAGCCGGAUUCGUAGCGCGGCGCGCUAACCACGGCGCCACCGCUCCCACACGCGCGCUCACACACACACACAAAGAUCCCCCGGAUAGCCUUAAUAGACUGUUGGGGCAAGUGCUGUUAGCGAGCACCUAUGAAGGCCGGGACGGCACACGAGGAGGUGGGUGGCCAGCACCACGCCUGGCCGGCUUCGUCUCCCCAGUGGCGAUGUUUACACAUCGUACCAGCUGCUCAUUUGAGGCUAAGUCGACCUAGGAGAGGCCCAGGACCGGUUCAGAUAAUCGUCACUGGUGGUGGCCGCGAGCUGGCAUCGAGCUUGGGUCGCUGGGUUAGAAGCGCAGCGCGCUCACCUACUACAAUACCGCUCCCCACACACACGUGCAUACAUACACACACACACGUGCAUACAUACAUACACACACACGUGCAUACAUACACACAAAUCUAGCACGAUAUUCGCGGGCAGUAGCAUGAUGAUGGUGAUGAUGGUGAUAGGUGAUGAUGGUAGUGGUAAUGGUGAUGAUGAUGAUGGUAGUGAUGGUGAUGAUGGUGGUGGUGAUGGUGAUGAUGGUGGUGGUGAUGGUGAUGGUGGUGAUGGUGGUGGUGGUGAUGGUGGUGGUGAUGGUGAUGAUGGUGGUGGUGAUGGUGAUGAUGGUGGUGGUGAUGGUGAUGAUGCUGGUGGUGAUGGUGAUAAUGAUGAUGGUAGUGAUGAUGGUUAUGAAGUGUCAAACCUCUCUGCUAUGGAUCCUCAUUCUCACAUCCUCCAAUAAUAAUUUCAAACCCUUGCAAUACGUUGAGAUAUUUGUUAUAAAUGACCACGUGCAACUCGCGGGGUGUGGUUAUGUACACGUUGCACGUUCUCGUGGCAUUCUUUGUUGUUUUGUUAAAAAGACAAUGUAGCCAGGCAAUGGCCAGAUAAUGUGGGUGGAUUCUAAAUAUGUUUCUACGAUUAUUAUAAAACUAUUAUUCAUAUUAUUAUCGCAAUUAUUUCACCUAUGGUUAUGAGAGUGUCGAUAUUCGUGUCAAGGUGCAAGGUGGAUCAUCAUUAUUAUUACUACCAGAUAGUAAGAGGUCGUUGCGGCUUGUAUGAGGCCUUCAUCCAGCAGUGAAUAGACCAUGGAUGAUGAUGAGAUGACUGUGACAGUCUAAGCAGUGGGCCAAUGCUCAUUAUUAGGAGAGUCGCUAUUCAUUGUUGCCGCCAGCCAACCUUGAAAAAAAUUCCCGGGUUCCAAUCCAGGGUGAUGAAAGCAGACAAAUGCGUUGAUCAAUUCUCGAGUCAGCCUUUCGUGAAAUCAGCUCAGAUCAGCCAAUGACCAAACUGAUAAGUUGUUAUUGUUGUUGUGGGGUUUUGUUUUACAAUCACUUAUUUAAAAUAUAUAGUUUUUGUUGUUUUUGUUGUCGCUGUAAAUGAUCAGUUUGAGUCUCAUAUUUGGUGCAAGUUGGAGAGUUCCACAAAUCUGAUCUGUCACACACAAAGAGACGCGUGAAACACUUCAACGCUUACCGGAUUGUAAGACGUACCCCACCCCCACGCUCCGCCACUUAAACGUGUGCUUUAAAAAUACAGGGUAAAAACUACACACACACGCGCGCGUUGUAUCUUUCAAAGAAUGUGGUAAACUGAUGAAAAGUAACCACAUUUUUUUUUUAACAAGUUGAAUUGAAAAAAUAUAACAAGUUCCACUUAGGCAAACAAAAACUCAUGCUUAUAUUUUUGGUUUCUACCAGUUAUAGGCGGUUUGUUUGUUGAUGAAGUUAGUGACGUCAUUUGUUGUUGCUGUUUGUUUGUUGUUUGUGUCAGCCAUGUCGUCUUAGGGUUAAAGAUUUGGAACAUUUUGUAACCUAUAUACAUACAAACUUCAUAUUGUUAUGAUUAUUAUUACUACCUACCUACCUUACAUGCUUAGUGCUUGUAUAAACUAUAACGAUACAAAGCCAGACGUUAAUGUAUUCGAACUCACAGGGUCAUUGUAUAUACGUUGAAAAAGUCAACCGAGAAGGCGUCUUGAAUUUUUCGUUUAUAAAAUGCUUGAAACGAGAGAGAGCGAGCGAAUGUGACAACGUUAUCUCACAGUAUUUAUUUAAAAAGUAAAAAAGUGUUUUGUGUUCUUUCUUUCGGGAUGGAUGGAGACAAUUUAAAUAUUCUAUUUUAUUUCACGUUAUGAUGUCAUCAUUAUGUUUUUUUAUAUAUAUUAAGCAAACAUAUAUUGCACUUAAAAGUGAUGUGUUUUUUUUCUGUCAUUUUUGUUCGUUACUAUGGAAUAUCCGCCUCCCCCAUCCUCUACCCCCCCCCCCUUCUCAUCCUCCUACUCCUCUAUACACCUCCUCAUGUUCCUACUCCUCCUCAUCUUUACCCCUCCACCUAAUCCCCACACCCCCCUCCUCCCCACCCCUGGUUAAUAAUACACGAUUCCUGUAAUAAACAAUCGAUGAAACGUGACGUGACUGAAGAACACAGAUCAAAAACACACAAAACAAAAAACAAAAAAUUGUCAAUUUUAUCCUGUUUAUGGUCAGUACGAUAUAUAUAUUUAUUUGAAAGAUGUGUCAAAAGUUAUUUAUAAUAAUACGAGAUUUAAAUACGUAAAAAAAUCCACAAAAAAUAACACACACAAAAAAGACAAAUCCAUGCAUUAUCGUUCUUGCCUAUAUUAUAAACUGUGUUCUCUGUUUAGUGCUAGAGAUAUUCGUGUAUAGUUUGAUAGUCGAACUUAAGAAAAUGAUGCUUUGUUCUUUGAGAGUAUUUCGGUGCAUGAUGUACGUAGAAGCCUUUAAUAAAUAUCAAUGUUCGACUCUUGCAAACGAAAGCAGAACUCUCAUUGUGCAGGCUGAGCCGAUAUAGGAAUCGGCUUGUUGCCGUGAAUUUCGUACCCUUAACCCCCAAUGUUAUCCAACUUUAAUUUCCUUUUUAAAUAUAGACGCGCGCAAUCGUGCAUAAUUUGCUCCCAAUAAAUUUAUUUCACAAACGA